AUGCGUACACUGAUUCUACUAUUUUCAGUCAUCGUCUUAGCAGGUAAGAGAUUGUUUAAGAACUUCAUCAUGAAAUUAACUUUCCACGAUGUUUUGGUCGCAUGAAGUCAAUGGGUCAAAGUCUUGCCGUAGAGUCUCGACUCGCUUUUUAGAUGCAAAAAAAAAACAAUCAAAUCACUGGUAAUUCUACUCACAGCCGUUCUUAUCAUUUUCCAGAAUCACAAAUCAGUGCUAUGUUUGGCAAUCCAAUCCAAGCCGCCAACUGUGCUUCAUGGACCGAAUGGGGACCGUGCGUUUGGCUCAAGGGCAAAAAUACAAGGUUUUCUUUCUCAAAUUUGAUCAAAUGAAAAACUUCCAAAAUUUUUGAAAAUUUUGAAGCCUUUCGAAAGACAAGAAACAAUAUUAUUAUUAGUGAAAAAUUAUUUUGUGAAGUUCAAAAAUUUUGUCACUCUUUAAAUUUUAUUUGAUUCGAUUUCCCUGUUAUUUGAGACUUUUCCCUUUCUUUCUACUGACCUUAAGGAGUUUUCCUAUUUUCUAAAUUUCUUUAAAACUAAUUUAUUAGCUGCUAAGAACAUUUCUACUCAAAUUUAAUCAAGAUGGGAGCGAAACUACUUCGAACAACUACUUCCCGGACGUAAAGGAUGCCGCAAUCAUGUAUUUUUCCGUCUUCUAAAAGAUCGUUGGGGUGUUGUAAGUUGAUAAUUCAUUUUUAUUUCACCGAAAUAUUUUUUUAAAAAAAUACAAAAAUCAGGCAAAAAUGAGAAUAAUUUUUCGAAAAACUUAUCUAUUUUUUUGCAAAAAAAUCAGGCCUUUAGACAAAAUUCUAAUGUAAAUAAUGCACAUCUUCCAUGAAAACUUGAAAAGUCUCACUUUUCCUUGACCUAUUUGAUGCACACGUAAAGGUGAGGAGGUGACAAGUAGCGAAUGUGGCCGCCGCACCUCACAAGCAGUCAUGUCCGAGUGGUUAAGGAGAUUGACUCGAAAUCAAUUGGGCUCUGCCCGCGUAGGUUCGAAUCCUGCUGACUGCGAAUCAUUUUUGCUUUUUUUCUAAUUGUGCUUUUUUGCGUUUUUAUCUCCAUAAUACUUAUUUUUGUUAUAUUUUUUGUUAUAAUCCUUGAAAAUUAUUGAAGAGAAAGAGGAAAAAAAAUAAGAUUUCGUAAAAAAUUCACUCAAUCCCUUUAAUCCCUCGGACUUUUCGCUGGGGAAAAAAGUUUGUGGUUGAACCAGGUCAGAUAGCCAUCAAAUGAGGCGGGAAAUAUUCACCGAAACACAAUCUGAACACAAAAUCGGCCUAUUUUUUGCGCUAAGAACAAAAAAAGAUGGCCGAGGAGCGAUAAAAAGCAGAGUGAAAAAAAUUGGUAUUAGACGGAUUUUGUUGCAAAUCCGUGAUUUGGAUCGAUACGUGAGGAAAAAGCAGCUUUUAUAGGAAUAUAGCUGGUUUUUUUUUAAAAGAAUGAAUCGUUGAAAAUUUAUUUGAUGUUAAUCCAGAAAAAAAAGUGGAAUCGAUGAAAAAUAACCCAGGGCCUCUAAAAAAAUUUAAUGUUUCAAGGAGAGGAUGUCAAGAUUAUAGAACUAAAAAAGUUGAUGGGUCAAAAGUAUUCUUGCACAACUAAAAAAAUUUUCUAGGGAGAAACCCUUGAUUUAUCGCUUUGAAAAUAUAUGACUUUAGGCCUUUAAUAACUUCUACAACUACCUGAGAGACACUACAAUCAGCGAAGAACAGUGUGGCGAAUGUUCCUAUCAACAAUCCUGCGGCCGACAAUGUCACAGGAGGUUAGUCUUCCUAAUUAUAUAGUGACUUCGGAGGUAAAAAAGCAAAAAAAUGCAAAUUUUCUAGACAGAAACGCAAAAUUGGUAUGCCAGCAGUGCUAGAUGAGGACUGAAAUAGAACAAUUCAAACCUUUUUUUUUCAUAUAAAGUAUACAACAUUCCUUUCCAUCAACAAGGCAUGAUAUUAAAAAAAUUUCCGGAUACGAAAUUAAAAUUAAGUUUUUCGCGAUUCUAAUUAUCAAUUUUUAUUAUAAACUGAUCCCUAAACUGAUCUCUAUCACAAUUUUUCACUAAAGAAAUGGAUCUGUAGUUUUCCUUUUUUGGUUUCCAAGAAGUUUCAACGUAAAUCGAAACUAUCAAAAUAAAUUAUCAAUACUUUCCAGAGGCGAUAUCGGCGUUAUCAAUCCACUUUUCGUCGCUGAGCGAAAAUGCAUGGGAGUCGAUCAAAAUAAGGUACUUUUUCAGAAAUUUCCAUCAAAAUGCAUUUUUGCAAAGAAUGCUUCAUCAAAAAGCAUUGUGAAAAGGUUGUAGGGAAUUCCAAACUCAUGAAAAAAAAAAAUUAUUUUGCAGUUUUUCGAUAUAGCCUUGAAAAAGUUGAAUAAAAAAACGUAUUAUUUUUCAAAAAAAUCAUUUUUCGUUAUUAGUAAUCAUCAAUCGAUAAAUCGCUCAAUUAAGGUUCAAAACUGAAGCUUUCUCAGUUCUAUACUUGUCCAUAAAGGCCGAAAAAAUUAUUGUUUUUGUCCGAUUGCUCAUUCCCUAAUCCAUGAGAAGUGUUGGAACUCUAUGUGAACUACUGAAAAUCGAUAAAAAUCAACAGGCUUGCGUCUCGAAAUUCAUGCCCGACUGCAAAGUUUGGCCGAAUCCAGCCGUGGCUCUUCCAAACGUCACGGAAAGCAUGCAAGCCAUCAUCGACGGAUUGGAAUAUCUUUCCUGUGUACCCGAGCACAGGUAAUUUGGAAUUUUUUUUUCAAAAUGAAGCUAAUCUUUUCGAAAUUCUUGGAACAGCAAAAGUGUGCAAAGCGGUAGCAAUGUGUUUUUGACGCUUUUUUUUCCUAAAGUUUCUUGUUAACAAAAUCGAUUGGUUUACAUAACAUAACUCCUUUUUCCUCAAGUUUUCUCAGCAAAAUCGAGCGAUUCGGAUCAAAUAAAUUCCUAAAACAGUGCUUCAUCACUUUAAUUGAAUAAUGAAUAUAAUUUUGUUCAAGUUUUUAAACUAGAUCCAAAAAAUCAUGAUGACUGCUUUCACACUAAGUUUAAGAAUGCCGCAAAACUAUAAUCAGAUAAAUUUGAAAAAAAUUCUAAAAAUUUAAGCUUGUCAACAUAUUGGAAAAACUAGACUUCCACGACAGAAUUUAUAAAAGCUGAAAAUUUGAAAAGUUUUUCCAUUUAUUUGCGAAAUAAUCGUCUCUUCAACAGCUUCUCUAAAUGGAUUCUUCUCCUUUUCCUGUUUGUGAGUCAUCCAACGGAUUUCAAAAGUUAAUUAGACAUUAUCCCAAGAAUUGUUACGAAACUAGCUUCAUGGAAAAAAAAACCUUUUUUCGUCGACUCAAUUUCAGUACUUUCAAACUUUCCCGCACUUUCGCCUGUCAAAUAAAGGGGCAAUUUGUCGGCAAUCAAUCCGCACUUUUUUUUUUGAGCCUCUUUUUUAUUUUGAAAAAAAGAGGCUCUUCAAGUCUCAACGACUUCCGUGUCGUUUUUUUGGGGUUGGAAGAAGUUUGGAAGUUUUAGUUAAUCAAGUUUUCUUUUUUCAUUCUUCAAGACGCCUGAGUUGUCAUUAUAGGGGUCAGGGGAAAAAGGUCUAUUCAGUGGACAAAAUAGUGCACCCUAGAGGGGUAAAUUUCAAGAGGUUCUAUAGGAGUUCAGGGUCUGAUUCUUAAUGCUCUGUUAAUAUUUUCAUUCAAAUAUUGCUAAUUUUUUGAGUUUUCAGUUUUCAGGAAAUAAUUCUUCUAACGAAAUUAAAAAAAAAAACGACAAAUUCUGCCCUAGAGUGCUCACUAAUUGAAACCCCUAGAGCGACCACUUUUGCUAGUUUUACUGUCCCAUAUAGGGGAGUCCCCUUGGGGAGAGCCGACAAAAGCCCCGGAGGUUGCCCCUCUAGUGACCACUCUGACGUCCCUAAGUAUGUUGGUGAAGUAACUUUUACCUUCAUUAAAUCGAAUCAGGUCCUCUCUCAACUUUGCUAGAAAAUUCCAUACUUCAAAUAAAUAAUUUAAAAAAGGCUGGAAAAGUAAACCUGACAACUUUUCAGGCCAAACGGCUCGGUUUGCCGCUGUUGCUGCCAUCCUUACGUACCGAAUCCGCAGACGUACGAAUGUGAACUGAAGCCCUUCAUAAGUGGAAAAUAAUUCAAUUCUGUCUUUUUUGUAUUCAUAAUUUAUUGUCACAACAACUAUUUGCUUUACAUUGUCUUUCGUAAUUUAUUGCCUUUUUCUAUAAACUUUUCAUAAUUUUGGUUGUUUUCGACGCGUUGAGAAAUUCUACACGACUAUAAGUAAUUAUUUUAAAUCAAAAUCUUUCUUUUCAAAAAAACCGCUGUUUCGAAAAAAAACUAUAUAAACUAAAGUCCUUGUGGCAUAUGUUUCCAAUUUGAAUUGAAGUAAACUUUGAGAAAUCUAGGGAAUAAACUUUAUGACGAUUUGAAGCACCUGGUUCGGUCCGAACUUUUUUUCUGACAUCAAUGAUAAUUGUCGGAGUUAAAAAAGAAUAAGCUUUAAUUUAACACACAUCACUGGAUGAACGGAACCGUUCAAGAUUGAAAAUUCCAAUUUCAACAAGAAAGAACCUCUUUUGAAGGAAUAAAAUUGAUUUUCUAGUCAGCUCCAACAAAAACUUUCUUCUAAUCAUGUUUUUUGGAAUAAAAAUUAGGUGGUAUGAAAAAAACACCAGCGAAAAUUCAAACGGUGACUUUUCCGAUUUUUUCACUUCGCUAGGGAACUUUCCGACGGCCACAUUUCCGACGGAUCCCUUUCCGACUUUUUUUCUCUUAUGUUUUUUUCAAUUUGCAAAAAAAUCUAUAAAAAUUUUUUUCUAUUUCUUUGUGUUUUAAUCAUCAACCAACUACCUACUUUAUAUAGAAAGAUUAAAAACGAAGAUUUUUAUUGAGAAAAAAAGUCGGAAAAAAAGAUUCGUCGGAAAGGUGGCCGUCGGAAAGUUCCCUAGCGGUAUGAAAAAUUCGGAAAAGUCGCCGUUUGAAUUUUCGCUGGUCUUUUUUUCAUACCACCAAAAAUUAUCAAUUUACAUUUUAUACACAAAUGUCUUACUACUUAGUUUGACAGGAAAAAAAAAAUUUUCUCUUUUUUUUCGAGUCCAACAUUACUGUUCCAAUCAAUUUUGUGAAUAUAAUUCAUUUCAAUGAAAGUCUCCUACGAAAUAUCUCUAUCUGAAAGAGAAAGGCCACGACUCGGAAAAAGGACCUUUCAGACGAGGGCGUGGUUUCAGGAAGCCACGCCUCUCGGAUUUUUUCUCCUCGGUUCCGAGGCACCGACGACUUCACAUUGCAACACCAUCGUGUAGCCGUCUAGACCUUUUUUCAACUCAAAAAAUGCCAGCCGAUUCGGAAACCGCCACUCCAGCCGCUCCAGUCAAUGGAAAGCCUGCGCCACCUGUCUACCAGCCAACCACUCCAAGCGUUCGUUUUUUAUCAUUUUAUUCAAAUUUUUUUUCUUUCUUUUGAGGAGUUUGGAGAUUUUCUCUUUUUUUUAAGGUUCCAAAGGAUAUAGGAAAACGUGAAAAAGUGCCGAUCACAAUUGGAAUUUGAAAGGAAAAGCUAAUUUCUUAACCGAUUUAAGUACAGAUUUCUCUACAGAAAAUUUUCAAAUCAUAAAAGCAAAAAAAAAAGAUAAAUCUUUUUCAUCUUUCUUAUCGCAUUUAUAACGGCUCUGCCGGUUUUUCAGUCGUGCCGCAAUCUAAAAUACGAACUCUAUGAAUUCUAACGUCUAAGCGAAAGUCGCUUUUGGUCGGGUGCGCCUUAACAAUGACCACUGCACUUUGGACCUUUAAAAGUGCUAUUUUUCCAAGCUCUGACGUCUGAGCACGGUAAUGAGAAGCUAAAAAAUUUCCUAAUGUUGGAAUUUUUUUCCUCUUUUUUUUUUCAAAGUUUCAUUCUGCUCUGAAUUUCUGAAGUUCGUGUUUCCCCUCUUCGAACCUGCAGCUUUAUAUUUUAAAAAAAGAGGAAAAAGAAACCAAAAUAGCAACUAAACUCAAAAAAAUGCCUCUAUGUUUCGCGAGUCAUCAAACAUGUAUAGACUUUGCACUGCGACGUCGCUUUUUUUACACUCCAAAAGAAUUUUUGUGUCUUUCUCGAAAAAAAUAUAUUAAUGUAAAUCUUCCGCGUGUUCUCAUCACCAAUAUGAUCCAUAAGAAUUAUUGAUUUCUUCUUGGGUUGGAAAAAAAAGUAAAUUUAAGUCCAGAGGUCCUUGAAUAUCCUGCCUAUCUCAACCACUCAAAAACCAGUGUUUUUCCAGGCAAUCUUUCAUUUUGUCAAUCAUUAUUUCCUUCGAAAAAAAAACCCCAAAAAUCUCAGGCAUUUAUGGAAGGAGAAAAGAAUGUGGCCAAUUUCACUCAAACGCCGCCCCCAUUUCCGGGAUUAUUCGAUUUUUUUUUGUCAGCCGGUGGACCUCAAUUUUUUGUUCCACUGCUUCAAAAUGGCCUCACUUGCAAGAGUUGAGAAGAGAAAAGAGACGAAAAUUGAAACAAAAGCGACUUUUCGCAACAUUUUUCGAAGCCAAAUAGACUUUUCGAGUGCUUUUCCUUCUUAUAAGGAAAAUAAUUGAAUGUUUGCUCGGGAAAUUCGAUAGUUUCGGUUUAGAAGGAGUCGUUAAGAGAUGCAGGAAAAGGAGGAUUAGUGGCGGACUUGGUGGAAACAAACGAAAUUGGUUCUUUCAGAAAAAAAAAGUUCGCGCUGUCUUUUUGAGCCUACGAAAAGGAGGUGAACGAGUUUGCAACUCGAAUUUUGAAAAAAAAAAUUAAUUAUAUUUGUAUUUCUACAUAGUUGAUCCACUAUUUGCUUCCGAAAAAACUUUGCUUUUUUUCUCGGACCUCGGUAACGGAAACCAGAUGCGCUCUGGACGUUUCUGAGCAAUUCUAGGGAUCACUUAAGAUUGCUCAUUACUAAAGUGGUCACUAGAAAUACCACAAAAACUCCGAUUCGCGUCCGUUUCGCGUUACCAAAGUCCGAGUUACAAUUCGCAGUAGAGCAAAUUUUUCAUUUGAAUUCAUUAUUGGAAAAAAUCAGGUUGGCGAAAAAAAUAUUUUUGUAGCAACGCAGCUCCAAAAAAAAAUCAAGAAUUUUCUCAAACUCGGAUUUCGGUAACGGGAAUCGGAGGUCUUUGAGCAUUUCAAGUAGUCCCUUUAGAGUAUUGACUUGAAGAAGCACAAAAAUGCUCAAAAAUCUUCAAAGCGGACUAAUUUCCCAAAUGUCUCCAGGCCAGAAAACAGGAGAAGCGGCAUAAAAAGCGCAGAAAAGCAAUCUUUCAAAAAGGCACCGCGAAAUGGCGGAUGAUAAAUAAAGUCGAUGGUUUUUCGGCCCCAAAGGAGCCGUUUCGUCGCCUUUUGUUGCCCUCGGCAGCUGCUCGGCGAGCCCCACAAAUUUAUUGCUCCUAACAUGGAAAUGUUCGCCGUUUGGAGCAUUUUGGCGCGGCCGAAAUGAUUAAUUCGAAGGCAACAAAGGAUUCGGAGAAAAUUAUUAGCGGUCACUUGGGGCUAGUAUUUUAAUUUCUAUGGAUUCGAAGCGCUCAAGGGAGCAAUUUGAAGAUGCAAGGUCAAAAAAUUAACUUGAAUUUAACGGAAUAUGCUUUUUGAAGUCUCAUAAUAUUCAUAUUGACUCUUUCUGAGUUCUCUUUGUUCAUUUUGAAACUUUGAAACUGCAAUUUCAGUUUGCGAUUAUCUCAAAAAGUUUGAUUUCAGUUCAAAAAGGUCACUGGAAUGCCAAAACAGGGUCUCAAUAAUGGCGUUUUUCUUUCUUCUGGAACUUUUUUUUUCACUAACCACAUGGUUUUAAGUUUCAGUUUUUGAAAAAAAAAUUGUUCAAGAGUUGAAAAUUAAUUUUUAAAGCAUUUUUUGAUUGAAAAUUUGGCUCAAAUCAUGAAAAAUUAUGAACCACACUGCAAAAGAAAGUUCGCUUCACCUCUAAAUUAAGGGUUUUCGGCUUUAUGAUUUUUUCUGGGCUUCACAAGGACCCACCAUUAUCUCUUUCUUUUGAAAAUGUUGCCAAGAGCCAAAAAACUUGAAAGAAAACAAAAAAAAAGUGUGCCUUUUUUCUUCAAAACAGUCAUCUUGCAAAGAAGAUGUUAAAACUGACCAAAAAACGUUCUUUCGACUCCAUAAAUCUUCCCCGACGAUGUAAGAGUCCACUAUUAUCUUCCCCUUCUGAGAAAUAUUACCAUAACUAGAAAAAAAGAAAGGAAAAUAUUAAUCAAGCCAUGUAAUUGUGGCGUUUUUGUGAGGGUAAUUGCGGCGGUCGCAUUUUAUGUUGCCGCUGCAGCAACGGCCGGAAAUGGAUUCCCCUUUUAUGGUGGGCCUUUUGGACUCUGGUGCUUUUGCCAGUGGCCAUUUUAGUGUCUUAUUUUCGGGGUUCCAUCCGAAAAUGCUGAGGAAAAACAGAAGGAAAGCCUCACUAAUCAACUUAGUAUUGUUUUCCGAUUAGGUUUGAGAAAGACAUGGUAAUGGAAUUAGUUUUUUCUUUCCUUGAAAGAAGUAGCGGUGGCCUUGUUAUGGAAUAUCCUUUUUGGGGUAUUCGCAAAGUCUUAAACGGCUUAGAACCUUGCUUCAAAAAGGAAAAAGUUGAAAAAAAUGCCGAGAAUUUAAAAUUCUCAAAAACAUUUUUUGAAGUGAUGACAAGCGAGAAUACGAAAUUCGUUGGAAAAUUGCUUAUUUUGAAUUCACGACGUCACAAAACUGGCAAGAGAUUGUUCUUUGUUUAGUAUUGAGGAAAAAUUAAUGAUCAUUGAGAUUGAUUAUUUUUUUCCAACAGCAUAAAUAACUGUUCUUUUUUUGUUUGAUUAUUGAAAAUAAUUUUUUUCAUUUAUGCCACAUUUAUUUCACUCGUGUCAGUAGGAUUUUCUCCGUAGAGCGCAUUUUUGCCUAACUAACUGCCGAGAACAAGAAAAUCUUUUCCGCGCUCAAAUUUUUAGAAAAAUGGAAGCUCUCAUUAAAUAAGCUUGACUUUUCGGCAAGUUCUCAUGAUUUUUUCGCCUAUAAUCAUAAAAAAGGUCCAGCUUAGGACCCCAACCCCCUUUCUCAAACUUUUUAUAGCCCCCCUUAACUUAAAAAAAUACAAGAAAAAAAAAAUUUCGAUGCGUUAGGUGAGUUUAGUCAAACCAUAUUAAUAAAUCCCCAACUAAUUUCGAUCCAAUUCGGGUAUACAAAUAAGACGAUCGAAAUUCCCUUCCUCUUUCUCGAAAAAAGUCUGUUUUUACAUGGCUCUCUGGAAGGGGCCUCGAACACCGGAAACAAUAGGUCAUUAGAUGAGGGGAGAGAAUUUCGUGGUGGAAAAACGGAAAAGCCGUUCAUUCCAGCCGAGUGCGCUUCAUUUCGCUUCUGGUCACACAAAACUGGGAGAGCCAUUGGCCGGACCGAACACUCGGCUGAAUAUUUUCGGUUAUUGCUAACUCUGACGCAUGUCUGACCAAAAAUAGCUGUUUUAAUACAAAAGAGUCAGAAUUAUUCUUGUUUUUCAAAAAAGUUCUACCAAGGAGUCAAAUUAUGAAAAUUUCAGAUUCUCAAUUCAAUACUACAGUAAUCAUGAAAAACAAACUCAAAUUAUUCAACUUGAAACUUAACGAACCAUAAAUUUUCUCUGUAGAAAGCUUUGAUAUGAAUGAGCCUGGUUCUACAAUCAAUUUGAGUAAAAUCAACUCAAAAUUCCGGUAAAAAUCUCAUUUUUCAAUUCCAAUCAAGUAAUGACCUCAUUAAUAAAUCAGAAAGAAAAGUUUAUCAGUGAUGACGUCAUGGAACCGCUCCGCUCAGCUCACGCGUUGCGGUUUUACUUUAUAAGAUUGAAAAACUGGUUCAAAAAGGAUUUUCACCAUUCUAAACGUUACGAAAUGAAAAGGAACUCUACCAUUCAUCGACUAAGAGAUGACGUCAUAACUUCUUUUGAAACUAUAAUUUUGAAAAUGACGUCAUCGAACCGCUCCGCUUAAUUCACGCGUCGCGGUCUAACUUUUCAAAGUCCAAAAACCUUACGAAAGGAAAAUAAUUUCUUCUAUUCAUUCCGUUUAAUUUUCUGAGAGCUCUAAAAGUUUCCAUCCAAAAAAGUAUUCUUCAGUUCAUUCUCGAAACUAAAGAACCUUUUUUUCUAGUCUCAAUGGAGCCAUUUCUAACGACUUUUCUCCCAAUUCUGCCCCAAGAGAAUGGGGCGACUGGAAAAGGCUCUCUUGGAAUGUUUGAAGGCCGUAUAUCCGUUCCGUUCCGUUUCAAACUUAAGGAUGCGACAAAAAACAAAACAAAAAAACUGAAGAAAAGAAGAAGCUGAAGAAGCAAAUAGCUGGAAAAAACAUAUAGGGGUUUUGAAACGCCUUUCAUAUUAUUUGAAUCUGCCUUUUUUUAAAUAUAUUUGUUUUCCGACCCUUGAGCGAAUAAUUUGAUUCUGUAAUUUUGAAAAUUUCUGUAGAAACUGUGUAAUACCCUCAAAAUCAAUAUUAAAAUUUUUUUAAAAAUUGAACUAUUGAAAUUCAAUCGAAAACAACCUCAAAAUGACGAUUUCAGAAGCACGCCAACACUCGUGAUCGGCUUUUUCGGCCAGGAGCCCGUCAAAGCUUCUCCUAAAAAGGGUAAGAAAUUUUUUUGAGUUUUUAUAGAAAAUUAAAAAAAUAUUUUUUUCCAGUUCAAAUAAAAAAAGUAUUGCAUUUUAUCGAUAGGAUAUUCGACAGAUAAGUCAAAGAAAUAAUAAAAAAAUGAGAGAAAUAAGCAAUUUUUCGAACAAAAAAAUUUCCUCAUUUUCUGAGAAAUAAUAGAACUUUUUUUCCGAACUUGAAAGCUUUGAAAAAUUUUUUUCGAGUCUAAUUUCAAUAAAUAAAAAAAUUUUUCUGGGCGUCCAAAAAUUUCUAACAGAAGUAUGUUCCGAACUUUCAGAAUAAAUCAUUGAUUUUUGUAAGCCAACUCCUCUCAGCCGUUUUUUAGUCAAUUACAUAAAAAAAUAUUCCACUGUAACUGCUCAUAUUUCCAAACUCAGUAUUCUUAAUUUUUCAGUUUUCAUAUGCUAAUUUCAAAGUUAAAAAACUGUUUUGAACUCUACUGAUCCUUACUGUGCCGAAAAAGAAAUUUCAAACUCCUUACUUUUUCGCUGUCAUUUCAUGAAAAAAAUAUACUUCGAAAAUCUCCACUUCCCGAAAUUUCGAAAAGCACCGUCCAAAUUCAUCAUAACUAUCGGUCGAAACUACUUAGAAUGCCAAAAAAUAGAGAACAACUGAAGGAAAGAAAAAGUUUUUUGCACUUUUCAAAACAGUGUCAAAUUAGCUAAUUAUGACCGCUCUUCCAGGUGACACCCACCUACAAAUCGCAAAUUUUCGACGACGCCCCGCCUUCUCCAGCUCGGACACCCAAGAAGUCGAUCCCCACUUUGGGUAAUUCCUUUUUCUCAUUCACCCUUUUAACUCUACCGACCAAGAAACACCUCAUAAAAACCCUAUAAACUUUCAUUUUUCCACUGAAAAUGACCGAAAAACCCGCAGAUCCAUUCCCAUUUGUGUGUUUCGAGUUAAUAGAAUUGUGGUCCUUCGUCUACUCUUUUUUUUCGAGGAGAAAUGGAUAAAUUGCUUGUCUUUCCAUUAGGCUUGGCCGGUCUUUUGAGGGCCUUGUUUCAAUGGUGGAACAAAUUUUACCGGAAAAAUUAGAAAUGACUUGAAAAAAGAGCGUGAAACUGAUUUAUUGCCAGUUUUGAAACCACAGUAGAGAAAGUUGUGCAUUUUUUUUGGGUUAGAAGUUCAAAAUUCAGUUUGAAAAAAAUCACAAAGCUUCAGUUUUCGAAGUUGGAAGUUUGCUCAAAAAUAACUGCUUUUUUUAAUUUUUCAAAUUAGUUUGUAAAAAGUAGCAGUUUACUAUGAAAUGGGCUAAAACUAGACGCGAAAAAAACUAUUUGUCAAUAAGAAAUUUCAAAAUUUAUGAACUAAAGAUUGAAAUUUCCAAAGGCUCAUUCAUAAACUGAAGUUUGAAUCAUAUUUGUAUGUAUUCGAAAAUGUGAAAAAUGAAACUUUUGCGAAAAAAUGGUCUCGAUUUUGAAAGAAUGGGAAUGAAACUGCGGCUUCAUUGAUCUACUUUCCCUCAUAGUUUUUUUGGUUAUUUUAACUAUUUCAAAAAAAUUGAAUCAAACUUCCGACAUUUCCAAAUAAAAACCAAGAAAAAAAUAUAAAAAUUUAAAAAAAAAUCUUAUUUUUUUCAGCUCGCAACCCAGUGACUGGCGAAAUCAAGCAAUCUCCCAGCCAACAGCAAAUCGCCGCUUAA